CUUGAUUCUGCUAAUUAAUUUCUGCUGGAGCUGUGAGAUUCAAUAUGGUUUUUCGCUCUUUUCAUUUCCUUGUUUUCUCUCAUUUCAAUCCUACAUGCAAUUAUUGAUCUCUAAUACCUUGUUUUGAUGCAGUUUCUUUCCAUACUUUUCUGGUCAUUGCUGGGUUCUUUUACUGCAGCUGUGGCUACUGAAACUGACAUUUCUUGCUUGAAAUCUAUCAAAGCUUCGUUGGAAGACCCUUUUGGUUACCUGAACUCUUCAUGGGACUUCAGCAACAAUACAGAAGCAUACAUUUGUAGAUUUGCUGGAGUGGAUUGCUGGCAUCCUGAUGAGAGCAGGAUUUUAAAUCUCAGGCUCUCUGACAUGGGGCUCAGGGGUCGUUUCCCUCUGGGGAUUCAGAAUUGUACAAGCUUAACAGGCUUAAACCUUUCAAAUAAUCAACUUCAGGGACCAAUUCCAUUGAACAUCUCUAAAAUAGUACCAUUUGUUACAAGCCUUGAUUUAUCCUCCAACAAUUUCUCCGGUGAAAUCCCAUCAAAUAUUGCCAAUUGCUCUUAUUUAAAUUUCCUUAAACUAGACCACAACCGUCUAACAGGUCAUAUUCCUGAAAAAAUUGGUUGGCUUCCAAAGAUCAAGAGCUUUAGUGUCAGUGAUAAUCUAUUAUCAGGGCCAGUGCCAAAUUUCGUGAAUGUUACAGUUUUAGCUGACAGCUACGUAAACAACGUUGGACUUUGUGGAGGGCCAUUGGAAAUUAGAUGCAGAGUGCAUCGUCCGAGGAAAUUUGAUUAUUCAUUUAAAAGUGGAUUUGCGAUUGGCUACGUUGUUUUUGGUGUUUCAGUUGCAGCUGUGCAUAUGUCGUAUUGUGUACCUUGGUUUAGCGUUGGGAAGAGAAACAAGAUGAUCACAGUUGCAGCUAUGGUUAUGUUGAUAAUCAGGAGGAGAAAGAACAAGAAAGUAGAUGCUGAUCAACUGAGUGGAGGGUCAACUGUGGACUUCCUUCUGCAGACACAGAUUUCUAGCUCAGAAAAGUACGUAACCAGGAUGAAUUUCAGAGAUCUCAGCACAGCUACAGAAAAUUUUAGCCAACAAAAUAUUAUUGGAGUGGGACAAAUGGGGACCAUGUACAAGGCAGCCCUUCCCAACGGUUGGUCUAUUGCAGUAAAAAGAUUAUUUAAUCCUCAACACUCAGACUUGGAAGAACAGUUCACAUCAGAAUUGAAUACAUUAGGCAGAUUGAGACAUCAAAAUUUACUAACACUCCUUGGAUUCUGCAUAGAACCAAAGGAAAAGCUUUUGGUUUAUAAAUAUAUCUCAAAUGGAAGCCUUUUUGAUUGGCUACAUUCAACGGAUGACAAGAAGAGGAUUCUUGAAUGGCCAUUGAGGGUGAAAAUUGCAGUCGGUGUAGCUAGAGGACUGGCAUGGCUUCACCACGGCUGCUGCAACUUUUGGGUGGCACAUCUGAACAUAAGCUCAAAAAUCAUAUUACUUGAUCAGAAUUUUGAACCCAAGUUAUCAAACUUUGGGAAGGCAAUGCACAUAAAUCCACAAGAGAUCAAUUCAAGCAGGAGUUUCUCUAUGGACAUUGAAUUCUUGGAGCAGUGUUUUCUCAAGGAAGAUGUUUUCAACUUUGGAAUCUUGCUGCUUGAGCUAAUCACAGGGAAGAAUGCUACUUCUUUAAAGAAUUCGGAUGAUGGAAGCUUGGAUAAAUGGAUAAGUGAUGUUUCGUCAAGCUCUUUUUGUAUGUAUGAUGCCAUUGAUAAACUUGUUAUAGGGCAAGGACAUGAUGGUGAGAUUUUUGAGUUUUUUAGAGUUGCAUACAAGUGUGUAGUGGGACUUCCAGAGAAGAGACCGAACAUGCUUGAUGUGUAUAAUGCAGCAAGGAUAAUUGGAGAGAGAUAUUACGUUGCAGACAAUUCCGAGAUAUCUGAGCAAGCAGAAAUAAAGUGUUGAUCCUGAAAUAAAAGAGAUGAAACUGAAGCUGAUUUGCUU